GUCUCUCCGGUGAGAGUGCGGAGGGAGCAGCUCCGGAGGAGAUGCGCAUAUCUGCGGGUCUCUAGCGCUGCCGUAAGACAAGAGUCAGUUGUCAUCAAAGCCAUGCCAGGGGUAACCAAGUACAAUUUAGUGGAUGACGUGCACGAUCUGAGGAUCCCCAUGCACAACGAGGAGGUGUUUAAGCACGGGGUCUGCUUCGAGGCAAAGUACAUUGGCAGUUUGGAGGUGGGUCGCCCUGGCAGUCGAAUGGAGAUAGUCGCUGCAAUGAGGAGAAUCAGAUAUGAAUUCAAACUGAAGAACAUAAAGAAAAAGAAGGUCAACAUUGUCGUAUCCACUGAUUGUGUCAAAGUGAUUUUACGCAAAAAGAAGAGAAAAGGGUUAUCAUGGGAUGAGAAUACUAUCUUGGUGACCCAGGAUCCCAUCUACAGGAUAUUUUAUGUCUCACAUGAUGCUCAAGACUUGAAGAUCUUCAGCUAUAUAGCGAGAGAUGGACAGAGCAACAUUUUCCGCUGCAAUGUGUUCAAGUCAAAGAGGAAGUCUCAGGCCAUGAGGAUUGUGCGGACGGUGGGUCAGGCCUUUGAUGUGUGUCACCAGCUGACCCUGCAGCAGAAAAGCGAUGUCCAGGAGGAUGAGGAGGGGAAGGCCGAAGAAUCUGAGGCAGUGCUAGCGAAGAAGAGAUUUGCAUUGUCAGAAGAGACAGACCUUGAAGCCACUACAGAGGAGAGCAUUGAGUGUGUCUCCUCAUCAGACCUGGAGAAGAGCAAAAAGGACGAGGCCCUUGGUAACCAUGGGAAGGUGUCUGAUGACCCAUCUCUGCUGCUGAACUCUCCCAUCAUUGGAGCCUCUGUGUCGGGUCAGUCGGCAGCAGAGGCUCCCUGCUCUGCAGAUCACCAGGUCCAUCUCCUUCAGAAACAACUGCAGCAGCAGGAACAGCAGGCAUUGGCAGCUUCAGCACAGGUUCACGUGCUCCAGGAGCAGCUGUCAUUGGAGGUGUGUGCGCGGACUGAAGCCCAAGCCAGAGUGCAGAGGCUGCUGCAGCAGAACACUGACCUGCUGCAACACAUUUCCCUGCUGGUCAAACAGAUCCAGGAACUGGAGCUCAAAGCUGCUGGCCAGUUAACAUCUAUGGGCUCCCAGGACAGUCUUCUGGAGAUCACUUUCCGCGCCAAGCCCCUCAGCAUGCCCCGUGAAGCCCUCACCCCUUCUUCUUCUACAGGUCCUUUAGCAGCUCAGUCCCAGCUCCAGAUUAGUGACAGUGCCUGGGCCGCUGCCCUCCCUGGGCCCUGCUCUCCGGGCACCAUUGGCAACGAUACUCAUCCUCAGGCACUCAGCCGUAGUGGAGUUCGACUCGAGUGCUUCCGCUUCUCCUCCCGGGGACCAGACAACCAGGAGCAGGGCCAGGACACGGGGGAGACUCCCAGUGACGGAGCCCCAGAUGAGAGCUUGCUGCUGCGGGAGCAGGUCCUCGGAGCCCUGGAGCUGCUUCGGUUUAGGGAGUCAGGGAUUGGGUCAGAGUAUGAAUCAAACACAGAUGAGAGUGAUGAUCGGGACAGCUGGGGACAGGGCGAGGGCGUGGGGGCCGAUGGUGCAGCUCGACUCAUAAACGUGCUGAAUGCAGAGAGUCUUCCAGACUGCUUAGGGGAUGAGAUGGCUGUGUAG